AUGGUUUUGCCUUCUUCAACACCGUUACAAACCACUGGAAAUAAGAAGAGAUCCUCGCCGGAUUAUAACUUUCCGGUGAUCGAUUUCUCUUUAGACGACCGAUCAAAACUGUCGGAGACGAUCGUGAAAGCCUGCGAGGUUAAUGGCUUUUUCAAGGUGAUAAACCAUGGAGUUAAACAAGAGAUAAUAUCGAGAUUUGAGCACGAAGGUGAAGAGUUCUUUAAUAAACCGGAACCGGAGAAGCUUCGAGCCGGUCCGGCGAGUCCAUUCGGUUACGGAUGCAAGAACAUCGGGUUUAACGGAGAUUUGGGUGAGCUUGAGUAUCUUCUUCUCCACGCAAACCCAACGUCUGUCGCUGAUAGAUCUGAAACUAUCUCCCAUGAUGAUCCCUUCAAGUUCAGCUCGGCGACGAAUGAUUACAUAAGCGCCGUUAAAGAUCUGGCGUGUGAGAUAGUUGAUCUGACGGUCGAGAAUUUGUGGGGCCAGAGAUCUAGCGAGGUAAGCGAGCUAAUCAGAGACGUCCGUAGCGACUCGAUCCUACGGUUGAAUCAUUAUCCACCAGCACCGUUUGCGUUGAGUGGCGUUAGCCAAAUAGGAUUCGGGGAGCAUUCUGAUCCUCAGAUCUUGACGGUGUUGAGAUCUAACGACGUAGAUGGACUAGAGAUUUGCUCACGUGACGGCUUGUGGGUCCCAGUCCCAUCUGACCCUACAUGCUUUUACGUAUUGGUCGGUGAUUGCCUUCAGGCAUUGACAAAUGGGAGAUUCACUAGCGUGAGGCACAGGGUACUGGCGAACACGGCAGGGAAGCCUCGGAUGUCCGCGAUGUAUUUUGCGGCGCCGCCUCUAGAGGCCGAAAUAUCACCGUUGCCGGAAAUGGUAUCGCUGGAAAAUCCACGACGUUAUAAUUCCUUCACAUGGGGUGACUACAAAAAAGCUACCUACUCUCUCCGUUUGGGUGUCCCUCGUCUCGAGUUCUUCAAGACUUCAUAA